AUGACCGAUCCGACUGCCCAAAUGGGCUUCCAGGUUGGAAAGAGCGCUAUGAUGGCGGGACAUGAUUACGUGGAACAAAACUUCAAUAGAUACGUAAAUGUCUCGGCAUUGAAACACUAUUUUAACGUCUCGAAUUCCUAUGUCCUCAACAAACUCUUCCUAGUGCUUUUCCCUUGGAGACAUAAGCCAUGGUCACGGCAACAACGACUUUCUCCAAACGGGCAAGAAGGAUUCUUCCUUCCGCCAAGAGAAGAUAUCAACAGUCCGGAUAUGUAUAUUCCAGUGAUGGCCUUUGUCACCUAUAUUCUUCUUGAAACAUUACUGGCCGGAUUACGAGGUGCUUUCCACCCCGAACUUCUUGGACUGACAGCGACGACUGCUUUUGCGGUGGUGAUUAUCGAAAUCCUCGGCCUCAAAUUCGGCUGUUACCUCCUCAGCAUCAGCAACGAAAGCCAGAUUCUAGACUUGGUCGCCUACUCGGGCUACAAAUUCGUCGGAAUCAUAGUGACUAUUUUUCUAAGUGAGGUGCUCAAUGGAGGCCGAGGCACCGGCGGCUGGAUUGGAUGGAGCAUAUUCACCUAUACAUUUUUGGCCAAUGCACUCUUUUUGCUCCGCUCGCUCAAGUACGUCCUCCUGCCAGAGAACUCGUCAGACAACGCCCGUGGCGCCAGCUACACUGUUGCACGAGCCCAGCGCAACCGCAGGACGCAGUUCCUCUUCAUCUACUCUUAUGUUGUACAACUUAUUUUCAUGUGGGUUCUGAGUCGGUAA